AUGUCCUGGAUCCAGAAGACGGUGAACCCGUUGGUGAACCAGCCCGACAGUGGGGAGGCCAGUCCAGUAACUGAGAAUGGAGAAGCGGAUGUGAACUGGACCAAGGAGGACAAGGACAAGGCAUUGAAUGCGGCGGAGGAGUACCAGAAGGGAGGUAUGUUGUCCCAGUUGAAUCAAGACUUGGCCAAGAAGAAUGUCCGAAAGCGCGCAGCGCAUGCUUCUUGUCAAAUAAGAUUAUAUAUAGGAUUUUCAAUGUUAACCCCACGGGUCGAGGUGAGGAUGGGGAUGCACCCCUGGUUCGAACGGGCCACCAUGGCCAUGAUCUUCAUGAAUGCCGUCUGGAUCUCAGUGGACAUCGAGUUCAAUGACGCUGACAUCUUGGCCGAGGCAGACGCUGGCUUCAUUGUGGUGGAGAAUCUCUUUUGCACCUUCUUCACCUGCGAGCUGAUCCUUCGCUACAGUCUCUUCACCAGGACCUGGUUUGCACUGCAAGAUCCUUGGUUCAUGUUUGAUGUUUUCCUGCUCAUUUUGAUGGUCUUCGAAACGUGGCUGGUGCCCAUCGCACACCUUUUGACCUCCAAGAGCGGCAACAGCAUGACGGGUGGCGCCUCUGUUCUCCGGGUGGCACGCGUGCUGCGGGUGCUGCGCACUGCGCGGAUGGCGCGUUUGGUGCGGUUCAUGCCGGAGCUGAUGAUCCUCAUCAAAGGACCGACCAGGGGCGUCUGUGGCGUUAGGUUCUUUACCUUGGUAUUGCUCCUGCUCUUCACGUAUGUCUUUAGCGUGGCCUUUGUGCAGUUCAGCCGUGGCACCGCCUUGGAAGGCCAGUUCUUCGGGUCCAUGGGCACGGCCAUUUGGACCCUGAUUUUGAAGUGCAUUCUCACGGACCAGCAAUUCAUCAUUGAAGCGGUGGCGCAGGAGAGUUGGAUCAUGGCCAUCAUGGUGCUUUUCUUCAUCCUCUUUGGAUCUUUAACAGUGAUGAACAUGCUUUUGGGCGUGCUGGUGGAGGCCAUCAAGACGGUGUCGACCAUUGAGCGGGAACAGUUGGAAGUGGACUUUGCCAAGAAGUGCCUUUGGGAAAUGAUCGACAAAGGACAGGCGGAUCAGGAUGGCGACAACCGAAUUUCAGAGGAAGAGUAUCGGAAUGUGUUGAGAACUCCCCAGGCCAUGGCGGCCUUGACCAGCUUGGGUGUCGAUGUGGAGGCGGCCUUGGACUAUGGCCGACUCUUGUUUGAAGACGGAGAGCCGUUGACCUUCGGAGACUUCAUGCGCGGCAUCUUGACGCUCCGGGGCUCCAAUCAAACCACGGUCAAGGACAUCGUGGACCUCCGCAAGUUCACGGCCGACGAGUUUUCGCACAUCCACGAGGUGCUCAACGGCAUUUGCAAGUUCCUGGUGACUGGACCGUGUGGGGCUGGUGCCAGCGUCAGCUUUUUCUCGGGGGUGGGAGGUGGGAGACGUUGGUCGAAGAGAAGUUGGGUUCGUGGAAGUGAGUUGAAAGGUAGGGUGAGAGGACUUUGGCCGAUUAAUGUCGGGGUGGAAGAGUUGUGUGGUUCUUUCUUUCGUGAUUCUGGUCAAAGAUCGUGCCAAGCUUAA